AUGUCAAAAAGCAAAAUCUCACCAAGUCCUUGCCUAAUAAGGAAAAAUAGAAAAAUGAAACCAACGAUUAUAAUUUUAACGGUUUUUAUAUUUCUCCUUGUGUUGUUACCAACGGCGAUCCCUCACGACUACUCCGAUGCUCUAAGAAAGUCAAUCCUCUUCUUCGAAGGUCAACGCUCCGGCCGUCUUCCCAAACAACAAAGGAUGAAGUGGCGUGGUAACUCUGCACUCAACGACGGCAAAAACCUCAAAACCGACCUUGUAGGGGGUUACUACGACGCCGGAGACAACGUUAAGUUUCAUUUCCCGAUGGCUUUUACGGCCACGAUGCUUGCUUGGAGCUCUAUCGACUUCGGUAGUUACAUGUCUCAAAAUGAUUUCGGACACAGUAUCGUAACUCUCAAGUGGGCCACCGAUUACCUCCUUAAGACCGUCUCGCAACUCCCUAAUCGCAUUUUCGUCCAAGUAGGCGAAGCACAAGCCGACCAUAAUUGUUGGGAAAGGCCGGAAGAUAUGGACACGCCACGAACGGCUUUCGCGUUAGAUGCACCAGAUCCAGCCUCCGAUCUAGCCGGUGAAAUUGCUGCAGCGUUGGCAGCUGCUUCAAUCGCAUUCAAACGAUCAAAUCCAAAAUAUUCUAAAAUAUUGCUCGAUAAAGCCAUAAAUACGUUUCAGUACGCAGAUUUACAUCGAGGCUCUUAUACCGAUAACCCGAAGGUGAACCGAGCCGUUUGCCCCUUCUACUGCAGCGUAAAUGGAUAUAAGGAUGAGUUGCUGUGGGCAGCUGCAUGGCUGAGAAGAGCGACCGGUAAUGAUUAUUACCUAAAGUACUUGGUGAACAAUCGUCAAGCUUUCGGUGCAGCUUUCAGUUACUAUGAGUUUGGCUGGGACAACAAAGUUGGGGGAGUUAAUGUUCUCGUUGCCAAGGAAGUAUUUGAGAAGAAUGUGACUGCGUUAAGAGAGUAUAAAGAAACCGCAGAGAAAAUGAUGUGUUCAUAUUUUCCGGAAACGGUGGGUCCACACAUGACUUACACACCAGGCGGUCUCCUAUACAAACCAGGGAGCAGCCAGCUGCAGAACACGGCGGCUCUAUCUUUCCUCCUCCUCACCUACGCCGAUUACCUCUCUAAGUCCUCCCAACAGCUCCACUGCGGCAACCUCAACUUUAAACCGGAUUCCCUUCGGCGCAUAGUCAAACGACAGGUCGACUACGUUUUGGGAGAUAAUCCAAUGAAGUUGUCAUACAUGGUUGGGUACAGUGAUAAGUAUCCGCGACAGAUACACCACCGUGGCGCGUCUAUACUGUCAGUGAAUGUUCAUCCGCAAGCGUUCGGGUGCCUAAAAGGAUGGGAGAUAUUCGCAUCACCGAAUCCAGACCCAAACAUUCUCGUAGGAGCGGUGGUUGGAGGGCCUGACGUUGAUGAUAAGUUCAUUGGCAAACGGAAUAAUGCGAGCGACACGGAGCCUACAACGUAUAUCAACGCACCUUUUGUUGGUCUCUUUGCCUAUUUUAAAAGCAACCCCAACUUCUCUUGAUUCCCUUUUCUCUUUUUCCGAAUUUGAAUAUACUCCUACCCGCGUGUUUGUAAACUUUACUCUACAAUGAUAUUUUAUUAUUUUUAAGAGAAAACUGAUAGUUUAAGAAAUUUAUAUUACUCAAUUACGUUUUCUUUAUAGAAUUUUCUUUUGUUUUGUAACUUUUGUUGUUCUGCU